UCUCCCUCAAUCACCCGACCCCACACGGGGAACUUCUUUACUCAUGAAAAACAGCAGCCCAUCAUGUCUACAUCAAUUUCCACAGACAUGCCCGACAAGCAAGACCGAGGCCUCUUCGAACAAGACGAAAACAUCGCCAACUCACCGCCCCGUGACAAAUUCAUUCCACAACGAUUAACACUAACAGCAGCCGAACGCGCUCGGCGCAAUCUCAACGCCAAACUCUCCAAUCCAUUAGCAGGGUUUAGCCACGCCGACCUCCGCAAACAAGGUCGCAACUUUGCGCUUACCCAUGAAAUCGGCGAUGACGAGGAUGUGCGCGCUUUCGAACUCGGCGCCGUCUUGGCUCAGGCGCCCGAGCGAUACGAUACAGUAGCUGGAUUAAGGAGCUCUGAGAAAGAAAUUCUUCGUCGAGAAUUUGAGCAUCGCUGGUCGCAGCCUUGGAAAAUGUAUGCUGUAAUUGCGCUUUGCUCGCUCAGCGCUGCAGUACAGGGCAUGGACGAAACAGUCGUCAACGGCGCACAAAUCUGGUACAAAUACCAGUUUGGUAUAGCCGGCAACCAAUCCAGAGAUACCUGGCUUGUUGGCCUCAUCAACUCAGCACCAUACCUCUGCUGCGCCUUCAUCGGCUGCUGGCUCACCGUCCCCUUCAACCACUGGUUCGGCCGCCGCGGCACAAUCUUCCUAACCUGCUGCUUCAGCGCAAUCGCCUGUCUCUGGCAAGGCUUUGUCUCAACACACUGGUCAAUGUUCAUCGCGCGGUUCGCACUCGGUUUCGGCAUCGGUCCCAAGUCCGCCACCGUCCCAAUCUACGCCGCAGAGACCAGUCCACCCCCGAUACGUGGAGCCUUGACCAUGCAAUGGCAAUUAUGGACGGCGUUUGGAAUCAUGCUAGGCUACGCGGCUGAUUUGAUUUUCUACCAGGUGGCUGAUACGCCGGGGAUUGUGGGCUUGAAUUGGAGAUUGAUGAUGGCGUCGGCGAUGUUUCCGGCGCUGGUGGUUUGUUGUUUUGUGUUUCUUUGUCCCGAGUCGCCGCGCUGGUAUAUGAGCAAGAAGCAGUAUUAUCGCGCUUACCAGAGUAUCUGCACUUUGCGCCAUCAUAAGAUCCAGGCUGCGCGGGAUUUAUACUAUAUGCAUACCCUGCUGGAAGCAGAGAAUGCAAUGAAACUCGGGCAGAACAAGGUUCUGGAGUUGAUUACGGUGCCGAGGAAUCGGAGGGCCAUGAUUGCGUCGACUAUUGUCAUGUUUAUGCAGCAGUUCUGCGGCGUGAAUGUUAUAGCAUACUACUCAUCGGAGAUCUUCCUGGAAGCCAACUUCGCCCCCUCUUCCGCCCUCGCCGCCCCCCUCGGCUGGGGCGUAAUAAACUGGCUCUUCGCCAUCCCAGCAAUAACGACAAUAGACACCUACGGCCGCCGCAACCUCCUCCUAACAACCUUCCCGCUAAUGUCUCUCGCAAUGUUCUUCACGGGCUUCAGCUUCUGGAUCCCGGAAACCCACCACACAGCACGCACAGCCUGCAUCGCGCUAGGAACCUACAUUUUCGGCAUUGUCUACUCGCCCGGCGAAGGGCCGGUGCCAUUCACGUACUCGGCCGAGGCGUAUCCGCUGUACGUACGUUCGUACGGGAUGGCGCUUGCGACGGCGACGACGUGGUUUUUCAAUUUCGUGCUUGGGGUGACGUGGCCGUCGUUGCGGAAUGCGUUUACGGCUCAGGGGGGUUUGCGUGGGAAGACGCUUGAGGAGUUGGAUCAGGUGUUUUCUGUGCCGACGAGGUUUCAUGCUGAGUAUGGAUUGAGGCAGAUUCCGUACUUUGUGAAGAGGUAUUUGCUUAGGCGGGAUGUGAAGCCGGAGAUCUUGUAUGAGAAGGAGGAUGUCGUUGCUACGGACGAGGUUGGAUAUAACGCGUAA